ACUAUAGUUUCUUCAGAGUGCUCUUCAUUGUCUGCCGGCUCCCUGCAGACAUGUGGCGCAGAUUCUCACUGCUGCUUUUAUGCUGUGCUGUAAGUGGUCUUGAUGCUCUGGACGCGCACACAAGCGCGGAGCCUUCGCGGGACAAGAUGCUGUCGACCCUGCUGGGGGGGCCGGAUAAAGACGCUCCCUCCGCGGCUGUACUGGAGGACAGUCUGCGAGGCGGGGAGCAGCAGUCCCCGCAGAGAGACGCUGCUGCAGUGGGUGCGGAGAGGAGAGUUCAGCAGCCCACCGCCAAGCCUCUGGAAGAGGAGCUGGACAACCAAGAGAACAUCAUUAGCCAGUUGCUGGGCGAUUACGACAAAGUAAAGACUCUGUCGUCAGGGUCCGACUGUGUGUGUCGCUGUAUCGUUCGACCAAUCAAACGCUCUGACUGCAGCCGUAUCCACGACGGCGACCCGGCAUCAGCAUCCGAGAAUUUUUACACUGUGGAGACGGUCGCCAAAGGGACAGACUGCAAGAAAUGUGUGUGUAUGGCUCCGCCUUCAGCCGUCAACCCCUGUGAGGGAGAGUACAGGUUCAAAAAAUUACAGGAGGCCAGCAAAGAUGACAUUAAGCUGGCAACUAUCAUCGACUUGCUGGAGGGCUCCUUGUAUGGUAUGGACUUGUUAAAGCUUCACUCUGUCACCACCAAGCUGCUGAGCAGGGUGGACAACAUGGAGAAGGCCUUUGCCCGUAAUCUUACUGAGAGAGCUAAAGAGAAAGAACGUGUGAAGGACAAAGCAAAAGAAAAGGAGAAAGAGAAGAAGACCCAGGAGAAAAAAAAGAAAGUUACAGAUUUGGCGCGUGCAGGACAGAAAAGUGGAGCAGCUGCUUACGCCAACAAUAAGAAGACUUAUGAAGGUCAGCUGAAGAAGAACCAACAGCAAGAUGGUCUGGAACAACACCAAACCAGGAAUAAGACAAGCACUCAAAAGCCAAUGAAAAGCAAGACAGACCCAAAGCAGCCAAUCAGAGAUAAGAACAGCAUGGUCGUCAAGGGUGUGACCUAUUACAAGGCGGAGGAAGAGAGCUACAAAGAGGAGGAGGAGGAGGAGGAGGAGAAAGGGAUGAAUAAAACUGCAAGUGCUUCAGUGGACUUACUGAUCUCUGACCAGCUACGACCUACCAGGAGUUCAGGACCUUCAACCGCUGUUACAACAGGACUAGACUUUCAGGACGAAUCAACAAGACGGAUCAACCCGACUACCACGCAAAAAACCACAACUACAACUGAACCCACUCCCACCUCCUUCAAACCAACACCUGAAUUAACUACUAACGUACCACCAACAGCUCCAAAACCAACGACAGCCAAACUGACAACUACUUCCCAACAAACUACACUCGCUAUACACACCACCUCACCUCCAGAUACCAAUGUGGGUCCACCCAUUGAUGCGUCUCCCACGGCAGAGUCUCAGCCAGGACCUAAGAGUCGACUCAGCUGGACGGAGAGCCCAGCUGACCAGCCAAAGACCACAACAAAGCCUGCGGUCUGUAAGGACACAGUGGCCAGCAUCUCUGAACCGGUCCAGCAUAACUCUUACGGCCUUAGUGACGGGGCCUGGAUGAGAGACGCUCGCGGCCACGGCAGUGUCAUCUACCUCACCGGCGGUCAUUACGGCAGCGACCUUCUAGAGUUCCGAGACAUGGACACCUUCAAAUCAGGUCAGGCAAGUAAUUCCUACAAGCUGCCCUACAGUUUCACUGGAACAGGCCACGUCGUGUUUAAUGGAGCUUUCUACUACAACCGGGCCUUCAGCAGGGACGUCAUCAGAUACGAUCUGAGACACAGAUAUGUAGCAGCCUGGACCACACUGCAUGAUGCUAUACUGGAGGAGCAAGCUCACAGGACGCAAACUGAAGUGGAGUUUGCUGUUGACGAGUCCGGCCUCUGGCUGCUCUACCCGGCUGUGGACACAGAGGGCUUCCACCAGGAAGUAAUCCUGCUCAUCCACGUCCGCCCCCGAGACCUGCAGCCAAUAAGGAGCUUCCGCACAGGUCUUCGGCGUGGCCGCUAUGGAAACAGCUUCCUGGUUUGCGGCGUGCUUUAUGCAGUGGACAGCAUGGAGCGCCGCUUCGCUAACGUGACAUACGCCUUUGACACGCACACGCUCACGCACACCGUGCCGAGCCUGGCGUUCACGAACAUGCACGCGCACACCUCCCAGCUGGCUUACUGCCCACUAAUCAAGAAACUUUACGCAUGGGACGACGGACAUCAGAUGACGUAUGAUGUCAUCUUUGCUUAUUAGCGCCAUGAAUGGACGCACAGAUGAAGAAACUGUGGUUAGCAUAUCCAGCAAGAGGUCAAACCAAAGCUGAGGAGAAAGGAAAUAAGAUAAUAACUGUACAGAUAUUUGAUCAUUGUUUUGUUUCUACAUGACUGUGGAUCAGUCUAACUGAAUGUGUUUUUAUAUUGACCUCAGCUGCUGCUUCGCCACACACACCAAAGUUAGUAUUAACCAGCAAGAGCAGCACGUAACUCACAAGAGAAGUCAGAAAACAAGUCGAAAUAUGUUCACAUUUGGAAAAGGACAAAACCCCACGGUCAUGUAAAUAAAUGUAAACACGUCUUACUGUUUCUCCUAAUGGAAAUGUUCCUCUGAGUUUAGAAAAAAACUGUGUAUAACUGUUCCACUGCAUAUUGAAAAUGUAGUGGAGAAACUGAGGAAUUG